AUGCAAAUUUGUUUCUUUCGGAACAAACCUGAACUACCACACUUGUGUGUUGAAGACCAGAUCUUUGAAUGUGUAUCGUCGCACAAGGUUCUUGGAUUGAUUAUCCAGGAUGACCUUAAGUGGAACGAACAUAUUUCGAUGAUUGUUACCAAAGCAUCCAAGCGACUGCAUAUCCUACGUGUCCUACGACGGGGAGGGAUUCCACCGCACGACCUUAUCACAAUUUAUUAUGCAUUGAUUAGAUCUACAUUAGAAUAUUGUUGUACAGUAUGGCAUUGUGGUCUACCUAUGUAUCUGUCCGAACAAGUCGAAAAAAUUCAAAAACGUGCACUGAGGAUUAUACUGCCAGGUCGAUCCUACGGUGAAGCGCAAGAAAUGUUGCAGUGUCCUAGGCUGGAUAUACGUCGAGGUGAACUUUGCGAAAAGACGAUGAAAAAUAUUGCAUUGGGCAGUCGUCUUUCUUCCCAUCUAACUCUCACCA